AUGAAGAAACUGAGCUCCAACCGCGGCCUGAACAAAGUCCUGUCUAAGUGCGAGGCAUCCAGCUCAUCCGAAUUUGACCGAGUCAAAGCAGUGAAGACGGGAUGGGCUGGCCGUCUGGGAGAAGCCAGGAGGGCACUGAGUCGCAGAGCCAAAGGAUUUUCAGCCCACCCAACUUCAUCCUCAACACCAUGCCUUUUCUCCACAGCUCCCCCACCACCCAAGAGAGCUCCCAGCACCACCCUGACACUUCGCUCCAAGUCAAUGACGGCUGAGCUAGAGGAACUGGAGAGGCUAGAUGAGAUGUUGGCAUCGCAGGAAUCUAUGUUGCGUUCUCAACCCUCGGAAGCGGAUUACAGAGCAGCCACUGUCAAACAACGCCCAACCAGCAGGAGAAUAACACCAGCAGAGAUCAGUUCACUGUUUGAGCGACAAGGAAUGACUUUACAUGGAGGACUGCAUCCAGGAAUUGAGAGAGGUCACAUACCACUACCAAAGGGAAUGUCCCGGACAAAGUCUUUUGGUGCCACAGAAGAGGAUCGACUGUCUGCUCUUGCAGGCGAGCACAGAUUUCCCCGAAGUUCCUCUAUGACAGACAGCCUCCGAGAACACUCACAGCCCCAUCCUAUCCCUCCGCCUCCUCAGACAGCUCCUCCUCCUCCUCCCUACUACUUUGACACAGGUCCUCCCCCAGCUUUCUGCCCUCCUCCACCCCCAUCUAGAACCCAGAGUCAGGGCCAUGAGCCCGGAGGACGUUCCAGCUUUAAGCCAUCCUCCUUGGACCUGCCUUAUGAGGCCACUCAGCGGCAGGCCACACACAUUGAGAGACAGAAAAAAGCCCGCUCGAUGAUCAUUCUGCAGGACUCCUCCCAUCUACCUGUAGAACCUACAGAAAUUCCCCGUCCCUCUGCUGCUACUCCACCUGAGCGGAUCAAAAGGAAAGGCAGGGUUAUUGACAACCCUUACGCAAAUGUGGGUCAGUUUAGCAUUGGGCUGUACACACCGACAAAGCCUCAAAGGAAGAAAAGUCCUCUGGUGAAACAGCUACAGGUAGAAGAUGCACAAGAAAAAGCUAGCUUGGCCUUAGCUGCUGCCCACUCGCGAGAGAGCUCACCCUCAGGACGACACCCACUCACCCAUGGGCUCACACACACCAGCCGCGCAGACUACUACCAGCACCAGUUGAUGGCUGAACGUGAGCGUUUGCGCGCCCAAGGUGAGAUGAUGUUUCAGGGUAAGGGCCCGUUCGCAGCCGCCAUUGCCGGAGCAGUGAAAGAUCGUGAGCGUCGCUUAGAAGAGCGGAGGAAAUCCACUGUCUUCCUUUCUGUUGGGACCAUGGAGGGGACAUCUACAACCAGCCCUGAUGCCCCCUCCCUGACCCAGUCCCACUCCAUCGACGAGAGGUCGCUGACCCGGGAGCUGGGACAGCUUCCGCCCCCUGCCUUGGCUCUGAGCCCCUCACCUACUGGGACCACUUUUAUCCAUCCGCUUACAGGAAAGCCUCUGGAUCCUAAUUCACCACUGGCCCUUGCGCUGGCCGCAAGGGAGAGGGCACUCACUUCCCAGAGUCAGUCCCCAACUGGCAGUCCAGAGCCUCGGACUAAACAAGACCGAGUGGGCCAGGGUGUGAUUUUCACUGACACUAAGACCAAAGAGUCUCCACAUGGAGAUGGGGCAACUACAUCUCCCCCCUUUUCACCUAAAAGCGCCAAGGCAGCAGGGUUUGGAGUAGGAUCCUCCCCGGCAUCUAUUUUAGCUCCUCAGCCCACCAAACCUCACUGGGCUGCAUCAACGUCACCUAUAUCAUUCCGCCAAGAGAUGGAAGUUAGAAUAGAGGAAAAGAAGGAGGAAAAGAGACUAGAGGAUAAAAAAAGUAUGUUAAUCAGUAUUAUGGAUACAUCACAGCAGAAGACGGCGGGGCUGGUUAUGGUUCACGCCACCAGUAAUGGCCAGACUGUUGGGAUGGUUUCAGAACUUGAACAGACACCUGUGCCUGAAUCCUUAGAGCCCAGUAAAUCACAGAGCCCACGGGCUAAAUCUCCUAGUCCUACUACGGCCCAGCCCCAGGCUCAGCCCCAGGUCCUGCCUCCAACUCAGCGUUCUGCCAGUCCUGCACAAGAGAAGAGUCUGGCUCAGGGAAGCUCAGAGGAGGAUGUGGAUCCUUACACCGUCACCCUGCCCCCUGCUAUGUUGUCCUCCAGCGACGAGGAAACUAGAGAGGAGCUACGAAAGAUCGGAGUGGUUCCGCCACCGGAUGAGUUCUCAAACGGGCUGCUGGCACAGGCACAGCGUAUGCUGGUGACCCCGGUCAAGUCCUCGGUUUCUCCUGCCACCUCUACGACGCCCCAAACUCCCUCGACCACAACGAUCCCGACUGUGACACCCACCCAGCCUCAGCCCCACCAGCCCCCGCCGCCACCCACUGCAGCAGCUGUCUCAGGGAAGCCUUCUGACCCUUUGGAGCCCCCACCGGUGGGCGAGUCCGGCUCCGCAGCCGACUCGGGCGUGGAGGAGGCCGACACGCGCAGCUCCAGCGAGCGAGAGCGAGACCACCAUCUCGAGACCACCAGCACCGUCUCCACAGUUUCCAGCAUGUCCACAUUGUCUUCGGAAAGCGGCGAGCCUGCUGACACUCACACCACGCACACCUCCUAUGCCGACGGGCAGACUUUUGUGCUCGACAAGCCGCCAGUGCCUCCCAAGCCCCGUCUCAAAUCCCAGAUAGGAGGCAGCAAAGGCCCCGUCACGUUCAGGGACCCUCUGCUGAAGCAGAGCUCCGACAGCGAGCUGCUAUCACAGCAACAGGCCGCGGCCCUGGCUGCCGCUGCCGCUGGAGGAGCUGGGCUCCCCGCCGGUGGUUCGGCCUCUGUGACCGGACUAGCCCCCACUAAGCCGCGCUACCUCUUCCAGCGGAGGUCCAAGCUGUGGGGGGACCCAAUAGAGCCCCGAGGGCCAGGGGUGGGGUUAGGUAUCGGGAGUUUGGGCAAUCUCGGUGGACUGGGACUAGGGCUGGGCGCGGAUGAGGGAAAACCGUCUGUCAUGGGAGAGCUCAGCUCACGUCUACAGCAGCUAAAUAAAGACACUAGGUCACUCGGUGAGGAGCCACUGGGAGCAUCACUUGACCCAGGGAGGAAGUCACCUGUGACAGGUGCCAGACUUUUCAGCAGCCUAGGUGAACUCCACACCAUUUCUCAGAGAAGCUAUGGAACCACAUACACCAUCCGCCCUGGCAGCCGUUACCCAGUAACCCGACGCACGCCCAGCCCAGGCUCUCCUGACCGGGGCGAUCCCCUUGGACGUUUCUCGGGCUUCGGCUUGCCCACCUCACCAACUACGCCGCCACAAACCAUCCUUAAGUCCUCUAGUCUUAGUUUACCGCAGGAGCCUAAAGAGGUGCGCUUUGUAAUGAGGAGCUCCAGCGCCCGCUCCCGCUCUCGCUCUCCAUCACCUUCCCAUUCCCCCGGGCUGGGCUCCCCGCUGUUAGCCCUCCGGCCCUUCCACCAGAAGCCCCUCCACCUUUGGAAUAAGUACGACGUCGGGGACUGGCUAGAGAGCAUCAAUCUGGGCGAGCACAGAGCAGGCUUUCAGGAACAUGAGAUCGAAGGCUCUCACCUCCCGGCUCUGACCAAGGAUGACUUUGCAGAGCUAGGAGUGACGCGAGUGGGACACCGCAUGAACAUCGAACGAGCACUAAAGCAGCUGCUAGAGAGCUGA